AUGGCCUGUUUGCUGGGAGUUGUGCAGUAUGGGGUCGUCUAUGUGUUUGCUGUCGUUGUCGAUGAACUGGCCCCAUAUUAUGGAUUGAACCGAUCUGCUGCAGACGAGCUGUUUGACAUGCUCAACUACGGAGCCUGCGCUUUGUCAUUUGUUCCUGGCCUUUUGUAUGACAAGCUGGGAGCGACCAAAGCAAUGGUCAUCGGAACCUGUGUAGGCACAAUCAGACUCAGCACGUCAUUGAAACAACAUUGGCACGUUUGGACUGUCAGAAGCUUUCUUAGCCUGAAGAUUUGCUACCUCAUUUUUGGCAUGGCCCUGUCCUUCUUUCAAGUAAUCGCCACCUUUGCUCCGCUUGAAGCUUUCCCAGUGCAAUACCUCGGAGCGGUAUCCGCUGCCGUGCAGGUGAGCACAUCAUUGGGCGCAACGAUCCAAUCAGCAGUGUUCUUGCUGCUCAAGGCCGUGACGAAUACCGUGGUCAGCAUGGUGUGCAUCCUCAAUGCGCUGGUGGGUUUGGGUGCCUCUCGUGCCACUGUCGCCUUUGGUAUUUACGGUGCCCUUGCAAGGGUGGUGUGCAAUCUUGCCCUGGAAGCCUGGAUGCAAGCGGACCACAUGUCAUGUCAGUGGGCCGUGUAUACAUCAUGGUACGAUAUGACACGUUGUUUUGUUUUUCAUUUUAUUUCUAUAUGGUUGGGUAGUGUUGGGUGGUGUUUUUGUUUAUGCAACAUCUGGUCAGUCAUUUAUCAGAAAGUGCCUGAAGAAAUAGGUGAAUGUAGAGUGAUUCGACAGCUUUGCCCAGAGGACUUUACAAGAACAAAGCGUUGUGGAGGACCGAUGACGAUGCUUGGGCUCAAACAAUUGACUUUGGGCCAUCCCUUCAAGAUCUGA